AUGGCGUCGCCCACUCCUACCGAACCGGAGCCCAGCGACAUGAGCGCUGCACUCGACAGUGUCUCGAUGGAGGAAGACUUCCAACAUUCUCCUCGGUUUGUGGAAGCGAGAGACGGCCCCUCCUCUUCCGCUCCUCCCGCCUUCCUCGUGCACCACCUGCACACCCCCCUGGCAGCUUCGCUUGCCAGGCGACAAGUCGCUGACCCACAGUCCAGCAGAAAGAAGAUGCCCAAAAGCCGUGACUCAAGCACUGGGCCUCCUCGAGUCGCACACAGUGGUAACGGCAACCCGACUUGCAAAGGCUCAGCCGCCGCCACCUCCGCCGUGCCGCCUCUUUCCCGGUCACUGUCCGGAACGAAGAUUAUGUCGCCUACCAGUGUCGACACGAACUCGACACAGAGCAGAAGCAGUGGGAGCGGACUUGCCCCACGGAAACUCGCGAGCACUGCAGGCGGAGGCUGCCGCACGAACGUCAAAGUUGUGGUCCGCUGUCGGCCCAUGACGGCUGCGGAGCAGCGCGACAGCCACAAUGUAGUUGAUGUAUGUACAGAGCGAAACGAGGUGAUCGUGCGGUUGCGCGGAGGCGGCCCCGCCGGACUUGGAAAACCCCUGCAGAAUGCUGGAGGGCCCGCGGGAGGAAGUGGGACCGCCUCAAGAACGCAAAACGCCACUGGCGGGAGCAACAGCAGCAAAAUUUUCCGCUUUGAUGGCGUCUGCCCCGUCAGUACAUCUCAGAAACAAUUCUUCGAGCAGCAUGCCCAGCCGCUCGUUGAUGAGGUGCUACAAGGCUUCAACUGCACCAUCUUCGCGUACGGCCAAACUGGCACCGGAAAAACGUUCACUGUAGAAGGAGCGCCUCGAGGCGGUGACUCUCUGUAUAGCGCGGAUGACGAUAUUGUCGAGAAUGCCGACUGCGGACUCAUCGGUCGCUCCGUCCAGCGAAUUUUCAGCACUUUGCGUGGCGAGCGGGCCGCAAAAGACUACACUGUCACAUGCUCCUUCCUGGAGAUCUACAACGAGGAACUGAUAGAUCUCUUCUCGCCUCCAGGCUCAGCUGGCGGCUGUCCCUCGAGUCAGAGCAGCCUCUGUGGCACUGACCUGAAUGACUCCCAGGCGUCGCAGUCUUCGCUUCCGACCCCGCGUCUUCGGAUCUACGAAGACCAGUCCAACUCUCCGGCCUUCGACUCGCCGGCUGCGGGCUCAGGCGGGGCGGCGCCUGCUGGGUCCUCCCGCGCGCCUCAGCAGGGCCGUGGCGUCGUUCGAGUCGAGGGUUUGGAGGAGAAGGAAGUGAAGUCGGAAAGAGACGUGUUUGCGCUUCUUCGCGCGGCAGCGCCCCGGCGGUCCUUCGCGGCGAGCAGCGCCAAUGCGCACAGCAGCCGAAGUCACACGAUCUUCUCGAUUUCCGUCUGUAUCCGCGACACCGCGAGCGCCUUGGCCGUCGAGGAAGCAGGGGAGCUCGCCUCGCUCAAGGGAAGAAGGAAAGGCGCCCCAUCGGGAUUUGCGCCGACCGCAGCAGGCGCCCCGGUUGAGGAGGAGGUGGUGCGCGUUGGAAAGCUCAAUCUCGUCGAUCUCGCUGGAAGUGAGAACAUCUACAAGAGCUGGGGAGCGACGGCUGAGGAGAAACGACGGCGGGAGGCGCUGACAAUCAACAAGUCGCUGCUGACCCUCGGCCGUUGCAUCAACGCGCUGGUGGACGGCGCUUCCUACGUGCCGUACCGAGACAGCAAACUCACGAGGCUUCUCCAAGACAGUCUGGGCGGCUGCACCAAGACGUGUUUGAUCGCAACGAUUUCCCCCGCAGAAAACGUCGUGGAGGAAACGGUCAACACUUUAGAUUACGCGUACCGGGCGAAGAGCAUCCAGAAUCUACCAGUGAAGACGCUGCGACACUCCAAGUCGCUUCUGCUCUCUUCUCUGUUGCACGAGAACCAGCAGCUGAAGCUUCUGCUCAGUUCCCAGCGCGAGCGGGACGGCGUGUUUCUUCCGCUGCCGCUGUACACGCAGCACGAGCAGCAAAUGCGGAGUCAGCAGGAGCAGCUCGAGAGGCAGGAGAACCAGAUUCGGCGUCUUGAAGAGUGCGUCCAGCAGCAGGAAGCGGAGCUCAAGAGUUUUGCGGAGGUCAAGAGCCGUUUGCAGAUCGCGCUGGAAGAGCGCGAGAGCGUGGAGCAGAAGGCGGCUGAACUUGCUGCGCGCCUCGACGCCGCAGGCGCCAAGACCCGCGACCUCGAAGCCCAGCUGCGGCGUCGGGAGGCCGAGGAGACGUUCCUCCUGGAGCAACUGACGCAGGAGCUUCAGCGAGAGCACGAGGCUGCCGCCUCUGCGCGUUGCACUCUGGAGCAGGCUGUUCAGGAACUUGUUUCUGUCGCCUCCCACCAGAAGGCGACUCUUGUCCGGUCUCGCGAGCGAGCCCGAGAAACAUCCGUGUGUUUUGCCCAGGUCGUCGACGCCGCAUGCACCGAACUGGGCCACGAGCAGAGCCGCAUGCACAGCCGUCUUGAGGCGUCCCUGAAAGCGCUGAGUGCCCAGGAAGACGUGCGUGCGGCAGCUGCAGCCAAGACGGCUGCUCUUCUCCAGGACCACUUGGAGGCGCAGCGGAAGCAGGAGGAGCAGGAGCACGAGCGGCGGGGCGAACGGCUCGAGCGGUGGCGUCACCAGGCCGAGGUUCACUGCGGGCAAGCGACUGAGGGGAUCGAGCGGCUCGAGCUCGAGUUCCAGAGAUUGCGGGAGAAGGGAAAGGGUCUGCUGGGUGAGUCUGGGCGGCGCGCGCGAGCGACGCUGGAGCACAUCCACAGUCAGGUGCGGAAAGGCGUGGAGACGUCGGCGACGCUGCUCGAGGAGAAGGCCGGAGACGAGGCCAAGCAACGCGAGCAAGCCCAGCUGCUAGUCACCGCCCUGGUGGAGAAGGAGGCUCUGCACACGAGCAGCACCGCCGAGGCCCUCGACCGACUUGCGCGCGAGCUCGGCCUCUGGAAGGAAACCCAGGAGAGACACCUGGUGGACGCGACCGCGCAGCUCGUCUCGACGGUCCAGCGGCAGAUGCAACUGCUCGCGACGCACCACCAGGACGGCCUCGAGCGCCACGUCCAGAGUCUGCAGCGGCAACUCAAGAUGCUGCGAGACGAACAGACGGCCCAGGGAAACACGGUGAAGGCAAUGGGCGGCGAGUUGGCGGCUGCGUCUGACGGCGGAGGCGCCGCCGUCUCGGCACUCGCUUCAGCAGCACGCACCGGCUUCGACAGUCUUCUCGCGACGCUCAAUCAGGCCGCUGAGGAGGGCUGCGAGGCAGCGAAGGCUCAGGAAACCGCCGCGGCUGCAGCCUUCGAGGACGACGCACAAAGUUCACAAACCCAUUUCGCUGCACUCAAGGACCGCAUUUCGGCGCACCGCGAGGGUUUCCGGGCGUCGCUGGAACAAGCUGCAGAGUGCGAGCGAAAAAGUGCGGUGGCGAGAGCCGAAGCAGCGCAGGCGGCGUGUGAAGCAAGCUGCGAGAGACAGGCAGAGGAGGAGCGUCUUCGCGGAGUUGCCAGAGGCCUUCUCGGGGACAUUCGAGAAGUCGCGCAAGUCGCCGAGACGCAUCGCCGAGAAGCCCUCACGAAACAGCAGCAAAGAGCAGGAGAGUUUGCCAAGGCGAUCCGCAGAGAGCUGCCUGCGCCCUGCGCCGGGCAAUGCCCCGUGUCUCCCGACCAGCCGGUGUCCCUCGCGGAGACAGCGGGCGGCCGACCAAGCCCCUGUCACUUUUGUGCUGUGGAAGCCUCUAUGGGAAAGUGGACGAACAGAGCCGAAGUGUCCGCUGCUUCCUCGAAGAGCCUCAUCGACGGGGACGGGGACUUUAGUCGACUCCCCGACCUUCUUAGACGACGGUUCCACGACUUGGAGCAGGGUUCCAAGGGGUCUGAGAGCCACCCGGAAGCUCGUGAAAGUUCUGCACUGGCCUCGGAGUCGGCAACAGCUUCGUCGUCCCUCAGUCCGUUGACAACGGGCUGUUCAGAUUCCGACGCCGGCACGUCCUCGCCAGAGGUCGCCUUUACGGAGAAAAGCUCGGGUCUUCUCCAUCUGAACUUGGGGGUUUCCUCUGAUUUCGGCGGGGCUCCGAGCACCACGGCGUCUCCGGGUGUCCCGUCCGAGGCCAGUCGGUCCACUGCAUGCGCCUUGUCUGUGCGGGUUUCUCCCGCCGACACAGUUGGAGUUGAUGGUGGAGACUCCGCGGGAGAGGAAGAAGGACGUGCGCUGAUUGCAGCUGGAGAACAGGCAUGUGGGGAAGGCGACCUGGCGCUCAGCGGGCCGUCGGACGACAAUCUCGAAGAGGCGACAGAAGACGAGGCGGAGAACUCACGCCCCUCUCAGCCGAGGCCUGCGCCCUCAAAAGGAGACAAGUCCGCGAGACGCACGCAGGGCGAUCCGCGGAGGAGGCCAACCGUUCCGCUUCGACACGGCAAAGGGCUUGUCAUGCAGAGACCGGUCGCCUCAGUUCCUUGCAGCGGCUCCGGCGCCUCCUGCAGGCCGAGCCCAGGAGUCGGCAAGAGCACAGAAGGUCUGAGGAAAGGCCCCAGCGCUGUCGUUCGGAAGGGCGAUGUUGACACUGCAAAACCGCAUGUGGUCUCGCGGGGCGUUGUCCAUCGGCAGCACGAUCAUCUGUCGCCUCUCAAGAAUGCGAUGAAAGGGACAGUCGCGGCGACCUCAGCGAGUGCUUGCCCAAUCAAGGCUGUGCCCAAGACACAGAGCGCCGUGGAAAAUUUUCCGGAUCUUCCUGCUGCGACGGAGGAUGCGCGGAGGGGAGGCGCUGGCAACGGAGAGGUUGACAAGCGUGCACGCGCGGCAGUCCUGCUCCCGAGCGAAACCGCGAAAAGCAGGAGUGGAAACGCGUCACGAGAUGAGGACGAAAGGCAGCGUCACGGUCUGCGAAGACGCCGGUCCAGCGACGGUCUCUUUCUGGGAUUGGAAAGCGAGAAAAAGAAGCCCAACACAGAUGCCGUUAGUCCAUGUUCCGCCCGCUUCGCAACUUGUGCACCUUGUGGAAGUGAAGGCGGGCACGUGGCCUCGAGGACGUGA